AUGGUGAAACUACUGCCAAUAUCUGGCAAGGAUUUGCCGGAAAAUGUGUGUGAACGUCGAGUUUCAAUCGCAAAACUUUUGCUGUUUGGAUUCGCGAUUCCACCGAUUGGACUGGCCUAUUUUAUUGUUCGGACAAUGAUUACGGACUUUGAGGGCUCCACAUAUACGAACUGUGAGGUGCUCAACAUUUUGCCGUCCGUGUCCGCAAUUGCCCGAGCACAACUUCUGGGCUGGAAGCUCGUCACUUGGUUGGUGCUUCCAUUUCGUUUGCUGAUCAUCUAUCUAUAUAGGCGCUAUUAUUCUCACGUCUUUACACGAAGUUUGGGUUGCCUGGUUCUUCUAUUUUUCAUCUAUGAGAGUCUCAGCACCGUUGUCAUGGCACUUUGGGUUCACAUCUCCGGCGAUUCCAUGUUUCACAAGGUUUCAGUGCUAUCUAUUUGGUUCUCCAGUUUCGGCUAUAUAGGCAUAUCGUUUUUAUGUUUUAAGAAACAACAGUGCUAUGCCAUUGAACCACAUCAGAGGUUGUCAUAUAUGCUGAAGCGUAAACUGGUCAUCUCCUACUAUUCCGGCACUUUAAUCAUGUGGUGUUGGUAUCCGUUGCACACCUACUUUUGUCUGCCUUUGGCUUAUUCUAUAUUUGCAUUUUGCGAGUAUAUCGUUAGCUGGUCCCUCAUGGGUUAUCUCUGGACUUCUGCCUUUGAUUUCUAUCCGAUUUAUCUCUGCCACGAUGCACAACAUGGAUAUUUUUUGACUGACAUCUAAACAUUUAUUAUAAACUAUCAAAAUUUGUACAUAAAAAUACAACUUGUGGUCAUUUUUAA